CAUUGCAGAUGCAUAUUGUCCUCUCACGGUAUAGGUUUGAAUUGCGUUAUUUUUACAAUUCAUACACUACUAAACAAGUGGAAGGAAUACAUAGAAAUAAGAUCGUAAGUGAAUAGUUUAAAAUUGAAAUAAUAUGCCAACCGUAGAAGAUGUUGAUGUGGACAAGAUUUGGAGAGCGUUGGGAAAAUGGGGAAGUUAUCAAAGAAGGCAGCUUAUCAUAGAGAUGGUAUCUAUUUGGUCAUGCAGUCUACAUAUGCUCUCCAUUGUAUUCUUAGGGUACAAACCACAACAUGAAUGUAAAGAUGUAUUUAAUGCAUCAGGAUAUAAUGAACAUACUAACUUGUCAACGGCCAGAUUAUUCGAGAAAUGCUCCAUCACAUAUAUAACUAACGAGACAGGAAAAACUACAGUUACCGAAACUGGCUGCACAAAUGGCUGGACAUACCAUGAUUCAGGGCCAUUUUCCGAGGAACGUUCAUUCAUUUCAGAGUGGGACUUAGUUUGUGAGAGAAAGGAAUUAGCGGAAGUUUCCCAGACUCUUCUCAUGUUGGGCCAGGGUGUAGGAGCAUUUAUAUUUACCAGUUUGUCGGAUAGAUAUGGUAGAAAGCGUAUUCACAUCAUGUGUCACGUGUUCAUCUUUGCUGUAGCCCUUGCAACAGCAUUUGUUCCGAAUUUCACCUUAUUUGCAAUUAUGAGAAUGCUAACAGGUGCAUUCCAACAGGGAACAGGUCUUACAGUGAGCUUGUUAUUAAUUGAGAUGGUACCAACAGAAUCACGUGGAAAGAUAGAGGUAUGCGGGCUCCUGUUUUGGACAACUGGUAUCGCUAUAGUAACACCGAUAGCAUAUAUAUUUCGAAACUUGUCGUGGAGAUACCUUCAGAUAUGUUUGGCUUGCCUUUCAUCAUGGUCGCUAAUUGAAUGGUGUUUAAUAGAUGAAUCACUGAGAUGGUUGAUAGCAAACGGGCGUAUCAAGGAGGCAAAAGAAAUCAUCCACAGGGCUUGCAAGAGAAACAAUAAAAACUAUGAUGAUAUAGUGAGUGUCAGCGGAUUCCGAGAGUUUGAACUAAGAUAUGAAACAAAAGUAGACGUGUCUAAAAGUGCAAUAGCUACACCUCUAACGGAUGUGAAACAAGAGAAGGAUGAUAAAAGCGAAGAGAAGAAGGGCUUAUCAGUGAAACAGUAUACUGUUAUAGACCUGGUCAAAUCAAAAAGGCUGUUCAUUUCAUCGCUGAUUAUGUGGCUUGCUUGGACGACUAAUAGCAUCACUUAUUAUGGUAUAAUGCUAAUAUCAUCUAGUCUCGCUGGGAACAGAUUUUUGAACUUUUUUCUUGGUUCUAUUGUCGAGUAUCCAGCAGCAGCUGCGGAGCUAUAUCUAAUUACCAGAUAUGGAAGGAAGCCGGCUUCCAUUAUUUUCCAUACCAUAUGUGGCACUGCUUUGAUCAUAGCGACUAUUUUGACUACAACGGCGGGUGGUAACUCUGCGAUGGUUAUUGGGUCUACAGUGUUCACCUUGAUUGGAAAGUUUGCAAUAACAGGAUCAUUUAGUACAAUAUUCCUUUACACACAUGAGCUUUAUCCGACAAAUAUGAGGAACGUGGGAGUCGGUAUGUCUUCAACAGCAGCUAGAAUUGGCGGCAUGGUGGCCCCUUUCUCACGAAAUCUGGCAGAAGUUGCUGCAUGGGCACCGGGCCUCGUGUUCGGCAUUUUAUGCGCUAUAGUAGCAGUAUCAAUGUUUUGGAUACCGGAAACGCAUCAAUAUGAGCUACCACAAACCCUUGAAGAAUGUGAACAGUGGUACAAGGAAAACCGAUUCAAGCUCCCCUGUAACCGGAAGAAAUUAACUCAUAAAACGGAAUCUGAUCAACAAAUGUAAAACAAAUACAUUCGUCAAUGAGUUUCCAGCAUUUUCCUGCACAUGAAAAAGACAGUUUAUCUGUGUCUAAAAUAAAACAUUUCUCGCCUGUAUUAACAUUGAAAUUGUUAUUCUCCAGAGAUAAGAAUUUUGCACAGUAUUUACGUAUGUGAUGAAUUUAAGAUAGUCUUAAUGUACAUUUUCAAUACAUAAUACAGUUUGGGAAUUGAAAGCCGUUUCGUUAUUAUAAUUGUUAAGACGGAAUAAACUCUAGACUGUUAAGACGCUUUAUAGAAUGAAAUAAAGGAAACAUAUAAUUGUUUCCAUAAUGUCACCAAUGAGGUUUUAAUCGUUUUGGUGACCCGACAUAAUAUAAUAUUUUUAAAAAAAGGAACAACAGUCACACGGUACUUUGAGUAUGAGUACACAACAUUUUAUGAAACUGUUAAGUAAGUGUAGGUCUCGAAUUAUUCUUGACGGCGUUGGCAAGCGUAAGAUCAAGUCUCGCUAAUCAAAAACAUAUAAAACUUAAAAACUAACCAUCCCAGACCAUCAGGCAUGACGAAAGGGAAAUCGAAUUCCUAAUGAAAUGAUAGGUAACAAAUUCUUUAAAACUUACUAGAAUAUAAAUCGGCUUUGUGAAAACAAAUCAUUUCAAAUAAGCCUUGUUAAAAUUGUACUUGGUCUUAUGAACGGUGUAUUCCUUCUUUAAAUUACUACAAUUAUCAAACAUGAAAAUAUACCAGAAUUCUUUAUCCGAAAAUUGGUUGCUGCUGUGUUAUUUUUAUUUAAAUUGAAAAUAUUUAAACUUUAUGAUGAUUGAGUAAAAUGGAUACUUA